AUGUCACCAUCACCCCAGCGGAGAACUGCGGAAGCACUUGUGGCGGCCUUCAACAAUAUGGACGUCGAUAAGAUAAUCUCGUACCGCAGUCCAGACUGCACUCGUCAAUUCAUUCCAUCAUCCAUCAAUGCACCCCAAAAUAACGCCGCGUACGCCAAGACCCUCCACCAACUGCGGGCGAUCUUCUACAACUUUUCUCUCAAGGUGACUGAUAUCCUCGAAGACAAAGAUGCCCGCCGUGUAUGCAUGUGGUUGACCGCACGAGCCGAUACCGCUGCUGGGAAGUACGUCAAUGAGUAUGUCUGGCUUCUAGACUUUGAUGGAACUGGUCGAAAAAUCACGACGUCCAAGGAGUAUUCGGACACGAUAAUGGCUAGGGACUUCUUCCCAAAGCUUCAAGCAGCUAUGAAAGCACAACAAGCAUCCACGAACGGCAAGACACACAAAUGA